AUGGAGUUAAUGACCCUAAUUAAGCCGUCACUUGCGUUAAAGCUAAACGUCUCAGGUUUUAGCCCGAUGCACUUAGCCCUGCAAAAGAAGCAUAUCCAAAUAGUGAGAGGGUUUUUGGCAAUUGACAGCAGCUUAGUCAGCAUCAAGGGAAGAGGAAGGAUUACUCCUUUGCAUUAUGUGGCUCAGUUAGGUAAUGAAGAGUUGUUGAGUGAAUUCUUGUUUGCUUGCCCAUCUUCUGUAGAAGAUGUGACGAUUAAGUGCGAGACGGCUGUGCACAUUGCCUUGAGGAGCCGCCAGUUUAUGGCAUUUAAGGUUCUUUUAGGAUGGCUUCGGAGAGUGAACAGAGAGGAAAUCUUGGACUGGAAAGAUGAAGAUGGAAACACAGUCUUUCAUAUUGCUGCAUCCAUGAAUCAAAUUGAGGUAAUGAAGUUGCUACGUAGAACCGUUAACGUAGAAGCCAAGAACUUGGACGGUCUUACCGCAAUGGACCUACUCCAAACUCAAACGUCUUCUAUUUUCACCAGAGCAGCUAGGCUUCUCCGCAGUGCUCUUAGGGGUCCCACGAUGACUCUUGCGGGAUAUUUAAGCAGAAAACCAUCGGCCAUUGAGCGGGGAAAUAAGCUCUUAGGGGUGAACAAUUUGGGCAAGACCAGACAAGGGUCUCAAGAAUCAAGCGAUUUCCGUAAUGCGAUUCUAGUGGUGGCUGUAUUGAUAGUAACAGCCACAUACCAGGCCGGUCUUAUUCCUCCUGGCGGUUAUUGGCAAGAGAACUCUACUGACUCCGAUAACGAUAGUCACACAGCUGGUCAGAUGACAAUAUGUCUUUUGGACUUGCUUCAAUGUUUUAUAUAUAUCUGCAACGGAAUUGCCUUCUUCUUAAUGAUCCUCAUAACUGGACUUCCCAUGUGGAAGGUCAUAUACGGUUCCACAGCGGCUCUCGGAAUGGCUAACUAUGCUUCGUUCAGAUCUACAUUCCCGAGUUCAGAUGGAGCGUUGGGGGAUAUCGCAGUGGCACUCGUGUGGUACGCAUACCCAGUGAUUACUGGAACUUUAUUGUUAUGGUGUUCCAUUGAAUUCUUUACCAACAAACGUCGCAGGCAACGAGUGGACUUUCCGGCAAGGUACUUCAGCUCAGUUCAGGAGCUAUAG